AUGAUCGAUUAUCUUAGAAGAGAUGAGUGUAUUGAUCCAGGAUCUGAUAAAAUUAUAAUAGGGAAUAAAAUAGAGAGGAAGAUUUUUGAGAAAAUAAAGAUGCAUCCAUUAGAAUAUGAAUGUCUAAAAAAUUUAAAACUAAUUUUAUCUUAAAUGCCUCCAUUACGUUUACCAAAAUACUGGUAGGAUUCUGACUAUUUGAGAGUUUUGGCUUUCCAUGAUUAUGACAUUGCUAAAUCUGCUUAGGGACUAGUAUUGCAUUUAAGUUGGGUACACAGAAUUGAUUUAUCAAUCCAGCCGAAUGAAUUACUUGUAAAUUUCAUUUAGAUUAGUUAGCUCAAUGGAGUUUUGUACGUAAAUGGAUUUGAUAAAGGCUUUAGACCAGUAAUAAUUAUCAAUUUACAAAAAGCACUAGAAUACACUCUCCUUUAAUUUUAAUAAGCAUUUGACUUUCUCCUUUGCUUAAUAAUUAGGGAUGUUUUAAUUUCAUUUUAUAUUGAAUCAGUUGUAAUUAUGAUUGAUGUUAAUACUCAUCAUCUUAAAAUUUCAAAUAGUUUUUCAGCGGCAUUAUUGAAUUACAUUAAAAGUUCUCAGCUUAACUUUUAUGGAAGAAUACAUAAAAUAUAUAUAUUGCAUGAAAUCACCAAAGAUAUAUUUUAUCCUUACUUAAAUGUUUUAAAACCUGAGUUCGAAGAGAAAACGAUUGUCUUAGAAAAGAAGGAUAUCAUUUAACUAUAAAAAUAAAUAGAUCCACAAUAGCUUGAAUAAAAAUUUCUAGGAUUUUCUAAAAAUUUAUAAAAUAACUUUUGGCCACCUAAAAAUCCUACAAAAAGUGCUGAAAAUAAUGUUUUAAAAAUUUAAGUUGAUGAUAGUCAAUCUAAAUCUAAUAACAUAGUAUCAAUUUACAAAAAUGAGAGCAACCAGAGCAGUUAAUUUACACUUUAAGUCUAUAAUGAAGAAAAUGAAAUUAUAUCUUCAGAAAUUCAUCAAUUUUAAGGUGAUGAGUCGGUUUCAGAACUUCCAGAAUACUAUCCUGAUUCAAUUUUAUUUGCUGAAAACUCAGGAUAAGUCUCAAUGGAAUGUGUUUUGUAGGAGCUUACUUCUUCCUAUAAAGCACUUAGCAGUAUCUAAAAAGAAAAAGAUAGUCAAUUGUUUUUAGAAUAGCGUGAAAAUACUAAUUAAUAAACUUAUAAAGGCAUCAUAAAACCUAAUUGCAAUAUGGAAAGUUGUUAAUUAAUGUGA